CGUUCGAGUUUGAAAUUCUGUUAAACUCUCCGGUUCUUGUAGUUGUUCCCAACUAAAUAUAAAAUAGUUUGUUAAAUCGAUUGAGCUGACUUCCAACGGAAACGAAAAUGUAACACAAGUUAAAAUUAUGACGCAAAUACGCAAGUCAAAUUAGCUUGCGCAGCAGAAUCAAAAGGCAAUCACCACAAAGCAAAAACAACACAACAUUUAUUUUGCAACCAAUGCAAUUUGUUCGCGUGGUAGCUGCAACAACAACAACAACAACAGCAAGUCCCAUCGCUUGAGCAACAACAACAAUAGCAACUAAUGUAAAUAGUAUUACAAGGCGCCACACAAAUCGCUUAAUUGUUGUCAACUUGAAAAAGCGUCGUUAUGUCUGCGAGUGCGGCCCAUCAGCGUCGGCGUUAUCGUCAUCGUUAUCGUUAUCGUCAUCGCUUGUGCCUAAUUGUCUUAGCCGCCCUCUGGCUGGACACACUGGCCACUGCUGUCGCUGGCGCUGCUAACGGCGACGUCGACGCCGACGCCAACGCCAAUGCCGUGCAUAUUGAGCUGCGACGCAGGCGCAGCGUCAGUCUGAAUGGCAUUGAGCUGGACGAGAACGCGCUGCUCCAGCAGCUGGCGGGCCACGAGCGUGCGCUGAUCUUUGGCACGGCAGCAGCGCCCGAAUUCAAAUUGGUUCAGCUGGAGCGGCGCAGCGCGCAGCGGGAGCAUCAGCGCUGGCGUCGCGGCGCGGCACAAGCCGGCACUGUGGAAGCCGAACUGAAGCUGGAGCAGACGCCUCAACUGUUUGACGAUAAUUUCAUCUUCAUACGACGCAACGCGAACAGCAGCCAAUUUGUGGAGCAUUCGCCGCAGCUGCUGCAACGUCUGGAGCGCUGCUUCUAUCGCAGUCCAUGGGCGGCCCUCGACCUGUGCGAUGCGCAGAGUGUGCGCGGCGUCUUCCAGCAAAAUGCCAGCAAUUUUGUCAUUCAACCGCUGCCGGCACGCUUUGGGGCGGCGGCCCAUGUGCUCUACCAGGCGCGCUUAGAUAAGAGCAACAACAGCGGCAGUGGGAGUGGGAGUGGGAGUGGGGGGAGCGGGAGCGGGAGUCGGAUAACACCGUUAGACAGUCAGCUGCAGUUUGAGCCCGAUGCAGACGAAUUCAACGAACCGCAUCAGGAGCAGCAGCAGCAGCAGCAACAACAGCAGCGCCAACAGCUGCAUCGCAAAUUGCAAUCGCAGUUGCGGCUGCGCUAUCAGCCGCGUCAUCAUCAUCAUCAUAGUCAUCAUCAUGGCACUGGCAUUGCCGGCGGCUCCGGCACGCCGCGUCGUCGGCGGCACAUUGGCGGCCCGCCGCGGCGCUGGCCGGUGCCACACGAGCUGCACAUUGAGACGGCGAUAUUCGUGGACAGCGAUCUGUAUCGGCACAUGAGCAAGAACUAUCCCAAGGAUACGGAGAGUCAGCUGAUACGCUUCGUGCUGGCCAUGAUCAAUGGCGUGCAGCUGCUGUAUCAUCAUCCGACGCUGGGCAGGCGCAUCAAUUUUGUGCUCAAGCGUCUGGAGAUCUUCCGCAAGGAUCCGCCCGAGCUGCGUCGCUCCAGCGACAUUGACAACUAUCUGAGCAACUUUUGCCUGUGGCAGAAGAGUCUGAAUCCCGCCUCGGAUGCUGACAGCUUGCACUACGAUCAUGCUGUCAUCCUCACUGGACUGGAUCUCUAUGUGACGGGCAAGAAUGGCAAGGUUACCAGUCAAGUGGUGGGUCUGGCGCCCGUUGCCGGCAUGUGCACACCCACCUCCUCCUGCACCAUCAACGAGGGCAAGCACUUUGAGAGCGUUUUCGUGGUCGCCCAUGAAAUCGGACACAAUUUGGGCAUGCGACACGAUUCCAAGGAAAACAGCUGCGAUCCCAGUCUGCACAUAAUGUCGCCCACCUUGGGCAGCGGCAAGAUUACCUGGUCCAAGUGCUCUCGCACCUAUCUAGAGGAAUUUCUAGCUCAACCACAGGCUGAAUGCCUGUUCGAUCGUGGACAGUUCAAGGCGCAUCUGGAUCACUCGGCGGAGGGCAUGUUGCCCGGUGAACGCUUCGAUGCCAAUCAGCAGUGCAUGCUCAAGUUUGGACACAGCUCGGUGCAUGCGAGCAGUCAGAGCAAGUCGGAGGUUUGCCACGAUUUGCACUGCCAGCGCGAACGGCUCACAUGGACCUCGCAUCCGGCGCUGGAGGGCACCGAGUGCGGCGAUAGCAUGUGGUGUCGCGGUGGCUACUGCGUGCUGCGUCCCACGCAGGAGGCGGCCAUCAGCUCGCUGAAGCAGCUCAGCGGCCUGUCCAAGCCCAGCUAUGAGAAGCACAGCGCCGCCAGCUUCGCUGAGUCCAGCAAAAUGGGCCAGCUGCUGCAGGAGUACAAGAGCAGUGGCAACGAGCUGCCCGGCACCAGCACCUGGAGCGACUGGGGCGAGGCCAGCGGCUGUGACUCCGGCUGCCUGUACGGACCCUCACUGCGUUUGCGUCAGGGCAGCACCGGGUUGCGCAUAUACAGCCGCAGCUGUCUCAACUAUCGCCAGCGUUGCAUGGGUCGGGAUCGCAAGUUCGAGACGUGCAUAGCCAAACAGUGUUACACUGUGCCCGUCCAGACUAUUGCUGACUUUGCCACGCAUGUGUGCAAGCAGGCCCGCAAGUCCGACAACGAGCUAACCGGCGAGGGGCAGCAGCUCAGCGCCUCCAUUGAGGAUUCGUGCAAGGUGUUCUGUCGCACCAAGAGCAAUGGCACCAAGUCGCGCCGUUGGACCUUUCCGGAUGGCACCACCUGCCGCGCCAAGCAUCAUGCCUCGGAUGACAUUGCCUACUGCAUUGCCGGGCGCUGCGAGCAGUUCUCCUGCGACAAUGCGACCAGCAACUUCUUCAAAAUUGACAACACCUUCUGCGCGUAUCGCACACCAAGCCCGCAGCGAGACUCCACGGAGCUGGAGAGCAAGCAGCAGCCUAGCUAUCAGAAUAACGUCAGCUACAAGCGCUACGCGGAUGCUCAAAGCCACAGGAAUCGCUAUGAGAAUGAGGUGGCCGUGCGCAGCUUCCAGGGCCAGGACAAUCAUUUAACGCAGCAGCAAGAGCCGCAGCCGUACAAACGGAAAGCUCCCGCCAAUGAUUACAAAUACAAUUACAAUGUCCAGGAUCCGUUUGGUAAGUCGGCGCCGCCGCCGGCCUCCGCCUCGCUGAUAGCCGAAUCGGAGCUGUCGUCCGACUGGCAGGUGAAGUCGGGCUGUCACUCCAAUUGCAUGACAGAGUCAAAGGGGGUCCAGGUGGUCAGGUCACGGCAAACGGGUGAGCACAAUAUACAGUUAUGCACGCACAAGGUGAAGCCCUGCGAACGGCUGCAAACCCCAGCCGAAUAUGCGGAGCAAACGUGCGCCAGGUACAAGCUGAAGGUGCGCGGCUUGUCCGGCCAUGGUGCACAGAUCUCGGCGAGCAUCGAUGAACCGGAUCGCAGCUGUCGCGUCGGCUGUCAGGACGAGUACAUCAAGUAUCGCUAUUACCUGGUGAACGGCAACCACGGACACUUUCCUAUCGGCACGCGCUGCUCCCAGGUGGGCAGGCGCUACUGUGUGCAUGGCAAGUGUCUGGAGUUCGGUGCGGACAAUCUGCCGCUGCAGCAGUCCCACAUCAGCCUGGCGCUCUUCCGCAGCAAACGUGAGGCGACGCCACGCCAGAAGCGCAGCUUCCUCUACUACGAUCCGGUGAACAUUACCGAAACGAUUACCCAGGACUUUCUCAAUAGCAUUGUGAGCAGUAUUAUUGACUUCGAACGGCAACAUUUGGACGUUGCCUACGACAACAUCGAAUUAUCCAAUCCUAUACACGUCUCUGCGGACGAACUGAGCAACAAAUAAAUAUAAGUCUUUACUUUUUUAUAUAUAUGUAUGCAUAUGAGUAUUUUAUGUAGUUUAUGUAGCUUAUGUGGCUGCCGUUCUGCUCAGACUGCCGCACCCGCCCAGGGUCCUCAAUUACAACCCUAUUGUUUUAAGUCUAGUUGUAAAUCUUAAGCUGCAAAUUGUACGAAUAUUAGCUGAAAUAAACAUGUGUGGAU